AUGAAUGAAAAUUUGGGAUUUAUAAAGACUCAAUUAUACGCGGACGUCAAGGCACUAGAAAAAAAGAAGAAGCGACGCGUCCCUCCCGAACAACGAAGAAGGGUCUUUCGCGCUUGUAAACAUUGUAGAGAAAAGAAGAUCAAAUGUGACGGAAACGAUCCCUGUGAGAACUGUCGCCUGCUUGGAGUAGAUUGCGUUUAUACGCAAAAAAAUCAAAGUAAACUCCCAUCUAAGGAAUACUUGAAUGAAUUGUCUGAACGCCAAUUGUGCUUUGAGUAUAUUUUAUCUAGAAUUUGUCCAGACUUUAACUUGGACACAAAAAAUCUGGUUGCAGUAUCCAAAAAACUGUCUGAGCAUGAAAGUUUAACUUCUGAUCAGCUCCCUAAUAUCCUAAAUGGUUUGGAUCCUAUUGUUAAUAUUAACAACGAACUAAAGAAAAACCAUAUUAGCAAUGAUGACGAUUACGAUGCUUCCGUUCCAAACAGCAAAGAUCCUAUUUUUUCUCAUGAAUCGCUAAAAAACGAACCAAUUGUCGGUUUUGAUGAGUCACUAUUAGUAGGGAAAAUGGAGGAUACGAUGUAUUUGGGACCUACCUCCUCAGACCUUUUCUUUGAACGAAUUCGAAAGGAUACUUGCCUAACCGACUUUUCUACUAAGAAUUCCAUUUUACAGAACCAGCCUACCUCUUUUUUCUUUAAUUCAGAAUUAGAUGAAUAUUUACUCUCUCAUGCUCGUGACCUUAUCCCUUCUCUCACCGUAACAGAAUUUUUAGUGAAUACGUUUUUUACGAACAUCCAAACUAAUCUCUUUUUUUACCAUGCCUCAUUUUUCAAAAUUCGCCUGGAAAUCUUUCUCUCAAUAAAAAAUCAGACUGAUCCUGGAUUCCUAUGUAUACUAUUGUUAGUACUCGCUUUUGGAAAUCAAUAUAUGAUUGAACACCAAACUGACCCAGUCGCAGCAAGUUCUCAAGUUUGCGUUAUAGGAAAUCGGCUCUUUUCAGCGGCCGUUAGCAUCUUCCCCAUGGUUUUACUUCAGGCUAAUACAAACACUAUCCAAUCUGCUAUACUAAUCGCUCUUUAUCUUCAACCUACAAUAUAUCAAAAGGCUAGUUAUUCCUACUUUGGUUUGGCGGUUAAGACGGCUAUUUCAUUAGGAUUACAUAAAAACUGUGAGGAUUUUACCCUUAGUCAAAGCUCUAGAGAACUUCGGAAUCGUCUUUGGUGGUCAGUGUUUUGUCUUGAUCGGUUCAUUAGUAUUGCUACAGGUCGACCGUUUAGUAUCGCUUUAGAUAAUAUCACUACCCCUUAUCCGAGUAUAUUGUUUGAUCUGGAAAUACCUGGUAUUCCUUCAAUGGUUACUAAUAUGUGCGCAGUAAUAGAGUUGACAAGAAUUACCAGUGAAGUGUGUGAUUGCCUGUACUGGAAAGCUUCAUCCGAUUUUAAUACUCAACUAUCUCAUGUUCGAAGGCUAUAUGCCCGUCUUGAGCUUUGGAAACGCAAUUUACACCAUUCUCUUAUAUGCGAUGAGUCUUCGCCGCAUCAUCCUCAUUUCCGUUUAAAUGCUCAACUACAAAUGAUUUACGACAACGCUGUCAUUCUCGCUACACGAAUUGUAUUACUUUUUAAAUAUAAAGGAAGAGAUCUUAGCCCAGAAAAUCUUCAAUAUGCAGAUAUGUGUGUCGAUAGCUCUUCUCGGAUCAUUAAUAUCGCACAUCAAUUGUUUCAAAAUAAGCGUUUGUCUAGCUAUUCGUUCUUUGACGCGUAUCUUCCAACGUGUAGUGGUAUUAUCUUGAUAUUAUGCUCUCAUUACGAGCCUUCCCUAGAGAUUAGCAAUGCUGUAUCCAAAUUGUGGGAAGUUCUGGAAUUUUUAUCUCAAAGAAAUGAAAUUACUCGGCUUAACUUGCAAACCUUGAAAGAACUUUCAGAACAGCUUACAAAUAAGAAAGCCUUUUCUUUUGUUCCUGAAUCGAGUGACUUCCAAUUUAGCUUCCGAAAGUGGCAGUCGUGGGUUGGAGAUAUGUCUCAGAAUGAUCACUUGCAACAACAACGAGCGUCCAUCUCAGAUCCUCUAUCAGUCGAUGAAAGUACUAGGUUUGAUCAAAGAAACGCUGAUGUUCCACAGUCCAAUCUCCUUUCCUCGUCUGUUUCUAACACGGAGUUUCUGUCUGAUCCAGCGUCACUGCUUGUUCGCAACACUUUCCCGUCUGCAGAUGAUCUCGAUCUAAAUAUAGACAUAGAUCGGCAAUGGCCAGCUCCACCGUUUUUAAGCUGGGCAGAGCUGAUGCAUCCUUCAAAUGAGUCAAAUCUUCCUAAUACUGAUUCUUCCCUUUAA